AUGGGGAGCAGAGGGAAGGGCGGCGCCGACUUCCUUUCGGAAGAGGAGCGUCUGGCGAACUUCGCACAGAUCCCCACCACCUUCGGCCACGGGCUUCGGGCCUGCCUCCGCUGUCGCCUGGUGAAGACCUACGACCAGGUUUGGGUUCCCUCCCUCCAACGCCUCCCCUCUCUCUGCGUUCUCUUCGGUUUUCGUCUUCCUCCUCGCGCUUCCUGCUCUUGUUUCUUCAGUUAGGGUUUACUUGCCUCUUUGCUUCUGCGAUGAGGCCCAAUAUUCCUCUGUUCAGGAGCGAUAUAGCUUGAAUGAAGACUGUCCAUCGGAAGAAAGUAGACUGAACGAUGGAGAUUGGAUUUUGCAUAUUUUCUGACCGUUCAUGGUAGGCUUUGGAGCAUUGUUUUCUCGAGCGAUCGCUGGCCUGGAGGGGAUUCGCUGCCCUCUUUGCUGUGGCUCACAUGAAAGUAGGUCAUCCGGAAGUAUAUUAUUGCUAUACUUACGUAGGAAUUUAAUUUAAUUUUCAGGCCUAAUCUUGGGGUUUUUCCCUUUUUUCCGCUAAUGCAAGGGGUUCAUUUGGGUAUAGAGGGACAACUCAUGGAUAUUUUUUACAGGCUUUAGGAAAUGGGGGUUGUUAUUUUUUGAACACAUGAAUGAAGAUCCGGGGUUUUUCAUUCACAGUUGCCCAAGAAAUGAUCCCUUUGUUUUCUUAGUACAGUCUCUCUGGAUCAUCAUGAAUGUUGUGAAGCUGGUGAUUUGGAUUUUAGCCGACGGGAGAGCUAGAAUUUCCCCCUGAUAAGAUGAGGGAGCCUUUUUAUGCUCUAUCUACUUGCCACCAUUCUGAGGGCCAUUCUUGCCUAGGAUUAUUGGCUUUUACUCUAUUCUGCUUUGGUUACAUUUCACUGCCUGCAUGAUUGUGUUCAUCCUCUCCUAGGGUGCAAUAUUAUGCCCUAACUUGUUGAUUGUCUUUUGUUGUCCUUCACAUUUGUCCAGUUCAGAGAAUCAGGCUGUGAAAACUGCCCUUUUCUGGAAAUGGAUAAAGAUCACGACAAUGUGGUGAAUUGUACUACGCCAAACUUUACCGGGUACUCCCUCUAAUCCUUACUAUUUUAAUCAUGUCGGACAUUAAUAAUAAUUCCAGGUCAAAACUUAGUUGUGUAACUUUUCUUUAUAGUAGGGCUUACAGCAGACUGCUCCAUAGAUAGAAAUAAUUGGGGGUGAGGGUCAUGAUCCUCCCUUGAGGAAUCUUUCUCUUUAAGGUGUAAGUUUCUUUGUGACAGGUUAUCUAUCUCCUUUUACAAUGAAGUGCCAUGGUCAUGUAUUUAAAACUCUGUAGGUUUUAUGCUAUGCUGGACGAUAAUGCAGGGGCUAUGUUAUCCAGGUCGCAUGGGAGAAUUGAGUUCUUGACCAGCUUGGCUGCCUGAACUCUUUUUCAUUCAUUAGAUAUUUUUUCUUAAUUUCUGUUUCAACUCCAACGAACGAUUGCUGAUCCUCUGCGGGGUUUGUUUUCUCGUAAAAUUUGGGAGCCCGCCUGUUUUUUUUUUUUUAAUGUCUUUCGGGAAAUUUACAUGUAUAAUGGCUGCUUCUCUUUGAUGAAUGAGCACCUGGUUUACCGUCUAAAGAUCUAACUAUGAUUGAAAAUACAGUGAACAAAUGGAGACGAUUUGUGUUUAGCUUGGAUUGAUCCUGUUUUUCAUUUUGAUUUUUUUUAACAUUUCAGGAUAAUCUCAGUCAUGGAUCCAAGUAGGAGCUGGGCCGCUAGAUGGCUGAGGAUCGGUAGGUUGAACUGUUCCUAGUAGGACCUGUAUUCAUAUUCCAUUUAUUUAUACUCCAAACAUUAAUAUAUUCAUUGCUUUUAAAUUAAAUGUCCUUUUUUCUUUGUCAUUAUAGUUUGAUUGCCUGUUUUUCGCCUCAUUAGAUCUCGUGAUUGCAUCUUAUCGUGAGUUUUCGUGCAGUGUAUGAUUGAAUGAGCUGACUCUCACAUUUCACUACAUUUGCAGGGAGAUUCAUUCCUGGUUGCUAUACUCUCGCGGUCUCAGAAGAGCUGCCAGAAGAAUAUAAGGUCCUUGCCCUUAAAUCUAUUGUUGAAGAAUACUAGGACCCGUCAAAGCCUUUUUUCGAUUUUUGGAUUUGAUUUCCAGGGCCACUGAAGCCAUUAACCUCCAUUCUUCUUCUUCUCCUCCUCCUCCUCCUAUUUCUGUUUCUGGAUUUGAUGUCCAGGGGCACCAAGGCCAUUAAUCUCCCUCUGUAAAACCCUUUUCCUCAUCAUCAUCGUCAUCAUCUUCUUCUUCUUUUUAAAAUUUUAAUGUGGCUUCUGAAACUGCCGUGUGAUAUAUUCUUGGGUUUCUUCCUUAGAACAUCUUCUUCUUCUUCUUCUUCUUCUUCUGCUCAUUCCUUAGAACACCCGUUUUCUUCUUCUCCUCGUAAUUCUGUUUUUUGAUUUGACUUCCAGGGCCACUAAAGCCAUUAAUCUCCCUCUAUAAACCCCAUAAACCCUUUUCAUCAUCAUCAUCAUCAUUAUCAUCGCCUUCUUCUUCUUCUUUUUUAGAUUUUAAUGUGGCCUCUGAACUGCCGUCUCAUCUGUUCUUGGGUUUCUUCCUCAGAACAUCUGUGCCGACAACAAUGUGCAGUAUGUCCCACCGAAGGCCCGGAGCUGA